AUGACCUCUCAACGUCCUGUCUCGGAACAAUUUAAUUUACAACAACAAAAAUCCGGAUCAAACGCACAGUAUCGACAAUCCGCAGACCUUUCUCAUUUAGGUCAACAACAACAGCAAAAUCAUCGUGGUUCAUCAAGACCCACGUCUGAGAUAUUUUCUCCAAAUACUUCGUAUCAUUCACCCGAAGCUGAAGCAAUCGACAAGUGGUUUGAAGAUUUGCAACAUUACGAACAAACACUUGAAGAAAUGGCCACAGCCAGCUUAGAUCAAAAUUUCAAGGAAGAACUUGGAGCACUUGAACAAUGGUUUCGUGUAUUAUCGGAAGCUGAAAGAACUGCUGCGUUAUAUAGCUUGCUACAACAUUCAACUCAAGUGCAAAUUAGAUUUUUUAUCACAGUCUUGCAACAAAUGGCUAGAAAUGAUCCAAUGGGAGCUUUAUUGUCACCUGCUAACCCUGAAAAAGAUAUGAUGCAAGCCCAAUUAGCGAAAGCUGAGGUUGACGCUAGAAUGGCUCUUAAAUCGCCGACAAGUCCUUCAUAUCCACGUCGUCUAUAUGAUAGACACUCAGGAAUUGAAUUCUUGUCACCUGAGGCAGCAAUAUAUUCCGAUCCCGCUGCUGCUCUAGCUCAACAACGAGCAAGACUUCAGGCAAAUACCGGAAAUAGAUCCUCUGCUUUAUAUUCAAGACCAAAAUCCAUGAUAUCUGAAAAUAGAACAAGUAAUGGACGACCCAAAUCCGCGGAUCUGAGUACUCUCCCUUGGACACCUGCUGCUGCUUUUCCAUUACGUUCUCCAAGACCAGGUGGUGCAUUUGAUGGUGAAUUAUCUCCUUUGGUUGGUGGAAGUUGGGCGAGCAUGGUUUCAACACCUGUUGUCCCGAUGUUUGCUGAGAAUAAACAAAAAACCGCGGCUGAUGCUGAUAUGGUGACCAAGAAAUUAACAAAUUGGACUUUAAGCAAUAGUUCGGGAAAUCGUGUGGUCUUGGAGAGUGAUGUUAAGAAAUUCCGUAGAAAUCACUUGAAAGGAAAUAGCGCUGGAGUCCCAGCUACAGUCCACGAGGAAAAAUAUGGGCAACAGGCGAAUAUUGUUUUGUCAAUGUAUGACGCUGAGGGUAAUAAACGAUCACCGCAACAUUCACCUCUGCCAAGUCCGAAAACAUUAGGGGGGUCCAGACAGGGAUCACGUCCUUCUUCGCCAAAUCCAAAUCCGGUUGGACUAUAUCCUAUGCAUACAUGGGGCGCGGGGGGUGGCGCUAAAUCAACACAUUUAACGCCACCUGGUAUUGGAGUUCAUUAUGUUGAUGGAGAGAAUGGUGGCGCUGAAGUCGGUUAUUUAAGUGAUCAUAGUGACGCUUCACAUAAUACUAACAACACCAGUAACAAUAAACCUUCAAAAAGUAAGAAGAAACCGAGUGAUGAUACUGUCGAUUUUGAGCUUUUAAACGAUAUUCCUCAAUGGUUACGCAGUCUUCGUUUACACAAAUAUACAUCAGUUUUCGAGGGCAUGAAGUGGCAAAGUAUAAUCGAAUUAGACGAUAGUGCUUUAGAACAAAAGGGUGUUGCCGCACUUGGGGCUCGUCGUAAAAUGCUUAAAGAAUUUGAAAAAGUUAAAAACGCUCUUAACGAAAAACCUCCUGCAUAG